AUGGAGCUGGCCUGUGGGAUGUCGGCGCUUGCUCUGGGAACAAUGGAUGAGAAGUUGCAGGUGUGCUUUGAUCUGUUCGAUUCCGAAGGCCGGCGGGCGCUGACACUCAAAGAUCUCAAUGAUCUUUGCACGACACUCUUUAAAGUGGCCCUGUCGCAUGGCUCGGUGAACCGGAAAGCUUCCACAGACGAGGUCAUGGCCAUGCAAUCAGGCGCCUUGAGCCAAAGAAGCUCCGAGACCGACCUGCCCUUCCCCAUGACGCCGCCCAUGAGACCCAGCUCGGUCAUCGUUGUGGGGCGUGAGAAGGUCAGGGCCAGCGCUCCCGCCGAAAUUACGAAGUCCAUCACGAUGGAUGACCAGGAGCUCCCAUCACGGUCGAUGCUUCUGAGGCUGCUCGCUGCAGCAAAGGUGCACACCCCUGGCGGGCAGAGGCUUGUAGCCUACGAGGUGGGCAGUGCGGAAGACAUCCCAGAAGAUGGAACGAACGCGCGAGUGUACCAAAUCUUGAAGGAGAAGAAUUAUCCAGUACUGAUGGUAGACGCAGCAGCGGGCAAGAGCUUCGGCAAGUUGACAGUAACAGACUCAAAGUUCUCAUCGUACGAGGAGCUCCGAGUUGCCCAUGAGAACGGGCUCGACAUCCUGCCCCUGCGAGUCUGCGACGACCCGUGGCCGCCGGAGCCACCCUGUGGCCCAGAGAACAAGUACGACGAGAUGGGAGAAGGCAAGGAUGAGAACUACAUCGCUAAGAAGAUUGCCGAGACGCUUCUUCCCGGCGGCCGAGAGCGGAUCUGCUCCUCCCGCCUUUUCUUAACUCUUCUGGUUCCCAUGAAGCGGAGGCAGGGCUCGCCGGGGAUGGGCGGCCAGGAGUGGUGCGACUUGGGCUCGAGAGGUGGGGGCAAGCGCAAUGGCCAGAGGUACUCAAAGCAGGACUGUUACGUGAAGGCGCUGGAGCUGGAUGAGAACUAUGCCCGUGCGUGGAGCAACCUCGGACUCGAAGGCGGCGGCAGCGUGAAGGGCCAGGCCUAUGAUGAAAAGGGCUGUUACGUGAAGGCGCUGGAGGCGGAUGAGAACUUUGCGAAGGCGUGGAACAGCCUCGGAGUCGAAGGCGGCGGAACCGUGAAGGGCCAGGCCUAUGGUGAAAAGGGCUGUUACGUGAAGGCCCUGGAGCUGGAUGAGAACGAUGCGCUGGCGUGGAGGAACCUCGGACUCGAAGGCGGCGGCAGCGUGAAGGGCCAGGCCUAUGAUGAAAAGGGCUGUUGCGUGAAGGCGCUGGAGCUGGAUGAGAAUGAUGCGGGUGCGUGGUUCAACCUCGGAUGCGUCGGCGGCAGCACCGUGAAGGGGCAGGACUAUGAUGCAAAGGGCUGUUACAUCAAGGCGCUGGAGCUGGAUGAGAAUGAUGCGUUUGCGUGGAACAACCUCGGAAACCGAGGCGGCGGAACCGUGAAGGGGCAGGACUAUGAUGCAAAGGCCUGCCACGUGAAGUCCCUAGAGCUGAAUGAGAAGAAUGCCGCUACGUGGUACAACCUCGGACUCAAAGGCGGCAGCACCGUGAAGGGGCAGGCCUAUGAUAAAAAGGACUGCUUUGUGAGGGCCCUUGAGCUGAACGAGAACGAUGCCCGUUUCUGGCGACAGCUAGGUAAGGCUGGCGGGGGGACCGUACGCGGCACCCACUACGUCCCCGACGAGUGCAAAGCCAAAGCUGCAGGGAAGUAA